GGACACUUGCCUGAUACCCUCUUGCAAUUGUCUGCUACCUUUUCUUCCCUCCUUUUCCACCCCAUAGUGCCCCUCGACAACGCUAAUUGUAUCAUCGUUGAUCGGCGGCAGACAUUCAAAAGUUCUGUUACGUACACUCUGGGGCCACCGGAAACAAAUGUCUCCUUUGAGGAAGAGAUCAAUGACGCUUUCAGUCCCGGAUUGCGCAGAAAUGAAUCGAAUUCGAAUGUCAAAUCACAGAAAAAUGAGUUUAGGAAGUGCGCCUUUGAUUGCAAAUGGAAGACCCAGUCCUCCUCCAAGAAGAACCAGUCUUGCAGAAAGCAUCCGCACGCUGGCGUUCACCGCUCGACGAAACUCUUCACCCCUUUACCGCAAGUCGACAAAAAAGCUCAAAAAAAGUCGACUUGUUGGAAAAAAUGGCAUAUGCAAUGUUUACAACACCAAUGUCCCCAAAAAGGACCGACAAUACCUUCGAGAUAUAUUUACCACCAUGAUUGAUGUCAAAUGGCGAUGGAUGCUUAUGUUAUUUGCCUCGGCGUUUGUAUUGAGUUGGAGCAUUUUUGGGACCACGUAUUAUCUGAUUGCAUUGGUUCAUGGGGAUUUAUCACUGCCAACACCAGUCAAUCACACAGCAUGUGUUAUGAAUUUGGAUUCCGUUUACUCGUCGUUUUUGUUCGCCGUUGAAACGCAUCAUACAAUUGGUUACGGUCAUCGAUAUAUUACAACAGAAUGUUACCUGGCAGGAGCUAUUGUAUGUCUUCAAGCCAUUUGUGCUCUUCUCUUGCAAUCGUUUAUGGUUGGAAUAGUGUUUGCAAAGAUGGCACGCCCGAAAAAGAGGGCAGAAACUAUUAUAUUUAGUGACAAAGCAGUUAUUUGUUUGCGUGACGGUCAGCUUUGCUUUCUCUGCCGAGUUGGCGAUAUGCGGAAUACUCAUUUAGUGGAAGCCCAUGUACGGCUUCAGUUCAUAACGGACCGAGAAACCAACGAGGGAGAGAUUGAGCCCCUUCAUCAAUUUGAAAUGAAGGUGGGGCCUUCAAUUGCUGACGACGACCGCCUUUUCUUGGUCUGGCCGACUACUCUGUGCCACGUCAUUGAUUCUCGCAGCCCUCUGUACAACUACAAUCAGCAAACACUGAUGUCUGCACAAUUUGAAAUAAUUGUGCUCCUAGAAGGAAUUGUCGAAUCAACCGGAAUGACAGCUCAAGCGAAAACUUCCUAUCUCCCAUCAGAAGUUCUAUGGGGUCACCGGUUUCGUAAACUUGUUACUUAUCAACGAUCAAAUGGUUCUUAUCAAAUCGACUAUGAUCUCUUCCACAGCACAUAUCCAGUUCGUACUCCUGCAAUGAGCCCUGCCGAGUUCUACUCAUCGAAACCAAAUCUCAAGGACUAUUAUUGUCAUGACAGUCACGAACACAAACUUGAAGAUAAUCGUUCUUCUGAUUCCACUCCAUUGCCAUCUCCAUCUCCAUACAGCUACCCUUCAACUCCGCUGAACCAUUUUCAAUCGUCAUCAAACUCCCCAGUAUUUUCCAAUAAUCAUUCAAAAUUCAACACAGAGGCGGUGACAUGUGAGGCUGGAAUGCUGUGUCCUCCAACUAUCGUUGUGCAAUGUCCGUCAACAUGUGCCUCACCCAAUCAUAUGAGAAGAACUCGGAAUCAAAUGGAUAAAAGUCGCACAAGCAGCUCCUGCGACCUAACGCGACCCAGCACUGCUCUCUCAGAUCUAGAAGAAGAGUGUUCCGACAGUGGAUCCCCGACAAAAUGUCAAUCCCCUCCCGUGGUUCCCAUUCACAUUGAAAUCGUCAGCGAGACGUAGCAAUAUCGUCUUUUAAUUAGGGUCUUGAUAAUUACUGUACUUUACAUUUUCAAAUCGUUGCUGUCAUAUUAAUUGUAUUUCUUCUAUUUCUGAAAUCUCUCGUUGUGCUGUACAUUGACUCCCCCCACAAAAUCAUUUUUGUCAUAAUUUGUAGAACAUUUCGUCACGUUUCAUCUUUCUGGAAAUUAUAGCCCCUCUUCUGUUCCUCCCACUUUGACUGUUGUCUCUAGCUUCUUUAUGUUUAAGUAGGCGGAGCCAACUCUGCUUCACAGUCUUCAAAACAGUUUUCCGCUUUCAAAACUUCAUUCCCUCAAUCAUUCCCGACUUUCGGUGUGUUCUCGUCAGCUUUUUUUCCUCAGUUCAUGUUCCUGUGUGUCCUCCACGGUUUCGAUGUCCCCCGCACACAGAAACAAACCUCACCGUAAGUCCGAUCAUUCUCCUCUUACUUACUUCACCCACAGCCUUAGCCAUGAACAAACACUUGGUAUUAUUAUAAUCAUACUUUUUUCUAUUUUUCUUGCUUGCAACCCCCUUAUGCUUUUUUGCCAAUGUUUUUGACAAUCUGUAAGUAUUUUUUCGAAAAAAUAAUAAAAAAAACCUAAGAACGUA